AUCUGAUCCAGGGGGUACAGGGGAGGGGGGGAAGGAGGUGAUUGAACUGGAGGAGCUUGCAGGCAGAGGGACUGGUUUCCCUGUCCUGCUGUAAUUCUCACACAGCUUCUACAAAUAUAUAAGACCAGCUCUAAAAUGUCAAAGGGAGCCUGAGAUGCACUGGCAGAGCUGGGGUGAGAAGUGUGCUCAGCAACAAAUCAUAGGAGUUUUUGGCUCGUGAUUUACCAUGUCAGGCCGAGGAAAACAAGAAGGUAAAGCCAGGGCUAAGGCGAAGUCUCGCUUCUCGCUGGCUGGGUUGCAGUUCCUGGUGAGUCGAGUGCUCCGCAAAGGUAAUUAUGCUGAGCGGGUGGGGGCUAGAACCCCGGUGUAUAUGGCCACGGUGCUGGAGUAUCUGACCGCUGAGAUUCUUGAGUUAGCUGGCAACGCUGCUCGGGACAACAAGAAAACCAGAAUCAUUCCCUGCCAUCUGCAGCUCGCUAUCCGUAACGACAAGAAGCUCAACAAAAUGCUUGGGAAAGUGACUAUUGCUCAAGGGGGUGUCCUGCCCAACAUCCAGGCCAUGCUGCUGCCCAAGAAAACCGAGAGCCAUAAGGCCAAGAGCACGUGAAACUGAUCAGAAAGAAGCAAAAAUCUUCAGUCCAAAACCACUGAUUGGUCCUUGCUCUUACCAGUGCUAAUCACUGCAUUUUGAAAGCCUGAGCAGCAGCAGGUAGGGGUGGGGUUGUUGAUCUGGCGACGAUCUCUCCUCUAGCUUCUGACUUGCGAUUUCACAGGCCUACACCUCACGUGGGUUUUUUUCUUCUUGGAUGCUUUUCAUUGUUAUACCAAUCCACUCCUUUUUUGCACCGCAUUUCCAUUCUUUCCCUCUCUCCCCCUUCACUUCUCCUUGAGUAUCUAGACUGAACUUCACUCAGCUUGUCUUCCCAAGUUUCCCAACUUUGCCGACAGACUCCAUUUGUCCACUGGAAAAGCAUCCAUCAUUUCUCUUGUUGGUGUCAGAACAGCACCAUCCAGCACAAAUUAAACCCAUCAAUCAGUUCAGCUCCAUCUUCCCAGUAGUUCAACAGAGCAUAAUGAAUAGCAGGGAGGGGUUUGGGGAUCCUUGAGUUUCUGUCACUUUCUGGGAAAGAAGAAUGAGGAUUUUGUAUCAUCAUUUGUGGUGGGAAAUGGUAGGCAGAGUGGGCAGGUGGAUUAUUAUAUGGUAAUGAACUUACCCUUAUCAAUGGAACCAGAACUGCUCAGUCAUCUGUGUAUCAUAGGCCCUGUACUGCUAACACCUAAGUGGGUUUCUCCUUUUGCUCAAGUAGAAGGGUCUGUAAUUUCAGAGCAGGAAGGUCUUAGCACUAAUUUCCACUGCUUCUGUAUACCUCUGAAUGGCCGUGAUGUUCAGCAUAGCGAUAGCCAUGAGGUUCCUGUGUGGCCAUGAAUAUGUUCCAAUAUACUGAUAUAACUGAACUCUCUCAAGCAUGUUGCUUUGUGAGUGAUAUAGAAGAAGCUAGGUUGGACCUAGCUGAGGCAGAAAUCUUUCACCCAAAUUCAAAACACUCAGGUUAGCACUGGAGCUGACAUUAAUAGCUCAUUAAGAAUUGUAAUCUUUCUUUAAACACAUAUAGGGCUGACUCAUUUAUAUUUAUGCCCCUUUACACUACUCUGGCAAUGGAAAGUGGCCUUAGACUGGAUAUAAAUUAUUAUCAAGAACCAACACCCUCCUGCUCUGAAAUUGCAGACCCCUUUCACUUAAGCAAAAGGAGAAUCUCCCUUGGGUGUUAGCAACACAGGGUCUAUGACACACAGUCAAGCUGUUUUGGUUUCCUCCAAUAAAGGUCAGUGAUGCGCCUGCACACACAUACACA